UCUUUCCUUCUGCAAGCUCAUCUCAUCUCCAUCUAUAAUCUAUAUAUCAACCAACCAACCUGUGUACCUUAAUUCUGAUUAUACAUAUGCAUGCAUGUAUCUUGCUUAAUUCUGAUUAUUCAGUUGAAUCAUUUACUGCUAAUUAAUUAAGAUAUGGCUGAGGCCAAAACAGCUGCUGCUGAUCAGAUUAUUAUGUCUCUUGAAGAUUUCGAUCCUCAAAAGAAAAAACCCGAAUCCAACAAGUUUGCUUUUGCCUGUGCUAUCUUGGCUUCCAUGACUUCCAUUUUACUUGGUUACGAUAUUGGGGUGAUGAGUGGAGCAGUGAUAUACAUAAGAAGGGACCUGAAACUAUCAGACGUGCAAAUAGAAAUCUUGGUAGGAAUCAUCAACCUUUUCUCUUUGAUAGGUUCCUGCCUCGCCGGAAGAACCUCUGACUGGAUUGGUCGCCGCUACACCAUUGUACUAGCCGGUGCUAUCUUCUUUGCUGGAGCAAUCCUCAUGGGAUUCUCUCCCAACUUUCCCUUUCUCAUGUUCGCCCGCUUCAUUGCCGGCAUUGGCAUUGGCUACGCUCUCAUGAUUGCCCCUGUCUACACCGCCGAGGUCUCUCCUGCUUCCUCUCGCGGCUUCCUCACCUCCUUCCCUGAGGUAUUCAUCAAUGGAGGGAUAUUACUUGGAUACAUUUCAAACUACGGAUUUUCGAAACUUCCACUUGAGUUAGGAUGGAGAGUGAUGCUCGGAAUCGGAGCGAUCCCUUCCGUAAUCUUAGCCGUUGGAGUGUUAGCGAUGCCUGAGUCACCUCGUUGGCUCGUUAUGAAAGGGAGACUCGGUGACGCUAUCAAAGUUCUUAACAAAACCUCUGAUUCCGAACAAGAGGCUCGGCUUAGGCUCAUUGAAAUCAAAGCUGCGGCUGGGAUCCCUGAGAGUUGCAACGACGACGUCGUUUCAGUAAAUAAAACCAACGAAGGAGAGGGUACUACUGUAUGGAAAGACUUGUUUCUUUAUCCUACACCUGCAGUGCGUCACAUUGUGAUUGCUGCUCUUGGUAUUCACUUCUUUCAACAAGCUUCGGGUAUAGACGCUGUCGUUUUGUAUAGUCCCACAAUUUUUCGUAAAGCUGGCCUUGAAUCUGAUACGGAGCAGUUACUUGCAACCGUUGCCGUUGGAUUGUGUAAAACCGUUUUCAUUUUAGUGGCUACUUUUUUGUUGGAUCGGGUCGGGCGUCGACCCUUAUUGUUGUCAAGUGUUGGUGGAAUGGUGAUUUCGUUGCUUACUCUUGCGGUGAGUCUCACGGUCGUUGAUCAUUCGCACGUCAGGAAAAUGUGGGCCGUUGGAUUGAGUAUUGUUUCCGUGUUGUCCUACGUGGCAACGUUUUCAAUUGGAGCGGGUCCCAUUACUUGGGUUUAUAGCUCUGAGAUAUUUCCGUUGCGGCUACGCGCUCAAGGUGCGUCUGCGGGUGUGGUGGUGAAUAGGGUGACGAGUGGAAUAAUUUCAAUGACGUUUUUGUCGUUAUCUGAUAAGAUCAGUAUUGGAGGGGCUUUCUUCCUCUUUGGUGGAAUUGCAGCUUGUGGAUGGAUCUUCUUCUAUGCAUUGUUACCUGAAACACAAGGUAAGACGCUUGAGGAAAUGGAAGGCUCUUUUGGUAAAUUCGGAGUGAAGUUAAGCACCAAGAAUGAUAAUGGGGAGAUCCAAUUCACCAAUAAUAAUUAAUUAUGCUCAAUCAACACUUAAGGUUGAGCUCAGGCAUUAUAUAAUGUAGCUGUAGUAGUAAGUAGGGUUCAUUUGCACGUCUUUAUAUUAGGCUAUUUAGCUUUUCACUCAUGAAGUUGAAGCUUGUAUGCAAGGAACAUUAUAAUACUAUUAAGCGUGACAAUUUAUUCUUUGACUGGAAGACAAAAAAUAAAUUAUAUAUAAAAAGUGUGAUAAUGUAGUGGAUUAUUUA